AUGCCAAAUGUUGGAAGACCAUCAAAAGGAUGUAAGCCAUGCAGAGACAGGAAGGUCAAGUGCGAUCAAAAGCGGCCUUCUUGUUCGCAAUGUAUACGAUCCGGCAAGGAGUGUAAUGGCUACCGCGAUGCCUUGACAAUGAUGUUCAAGGACGAAACUGCAGUUGUGACUCAAAAGGCAGAGAAACGAUAUGAAGCAUUGGCAAGCUCGGAGUCGAGAGAGAAGCAGACUCUUGGAAGCAGCUCAGAGUAUCCGACUAUGGUCUGGACAGACGCAAACUCCCACAGUUUGGGACCGCACUCUGCAUCGAUGACGAGAUAUCCGACGCCUGAGAGCAUGGCGCGGGAAAUUGUACCCUCGAUCGAAGAUCAAGCCAUGGGGUUCUUCAUCUCGAACCACGUAUCGCAACCAACACUCGUACCAAGAGGGCAGUACGAUUGGGUGCUCGAAGCCUUGAAACAGCCUGGUUGCGAAGAAGUUCUUCGAAGCAGUGUCAACGCUGCAAGCUUAGCCGGACUCGCGAAUUCUACAAAGAAUCCUAUUAUCUUGGCAAAAGCGCAUGCAGCCUAUGCUUCGGCUCUGCGCAUGACGAACAACGCUCUAUGCGCAAGAGAGACUGCGGUGAAAGACAGCACAAUCAUCUCUGUCAUCAUGCUGGGUCUGUACGAAAGCUUCGUUUUCCAGGACAAGCGGUCGAUUCAAGCGUGGGCGAAGCACAUUCAGGGAGCAUCUGCUCUCUUGAAUCUUCGAGGGAAGAAGCAGUUCGAGUCCCACACCGCGAGACGCAUCUUUCAUCAGCUGUACGGACUCAUCAUGUUGGUUUCACUUGAAGCGGGCCAGGCGGUUCCUAGCGGUAUCAAAGAGCUAUACGAUUACGGCAAUCCAUCCUCGGACUACGCCGUGCAUGGCCGUCAAUGGACAACAAGGCUCACGCAUUUCAUGCACGACUCCAUCAAUCUGAAUGAAGAUCAAGAAAGUGACCCAAUCACUCUAAUCACGAAAGCCACGAGCCUCGAUCGCGAACUUGACCGGAUCAAAGCGCUGAUGAACAGGACCUGGCAGUACGAGACCGUGCAGCUCCAGCAGUCGGCUGAGUACGCGUACGGUACAUUUUAUCACAUCUACACGGACUCCUGGAUCGCCCAAAUGUGGAACAACCUCAGGUCAUGCCGGAUGCACCUGUACCGAGUCAUUCGCGAGCAGCUCUGGAAGGGACACACGUGCCAACCGCCGUUGUUUUCCAGGGAAGAAGCCGCGCCUCAGAUCGAAGCAGCCGAGAAGGUCGUACGCACGACUACGGCAGCGAUAUGCGCGUCGGCACCACAGCUCACCGGUAUGGUCGCCUUCCCGCAAUGGCGUGCUCCCAGCCCCGACGGGUCGUCUACUGGGUGGCAGCCCGAAGUGCCUGGUCCCAACGACCCCAGAUUCAAACUCCAUCCACCAGGCACUUUCCUCGACCCGGCGCGACCGACUGGCAUGCACCACCUCAUCUGGCCGCUGUAUGCAGCAGGAAUGUCGGAUCUGUCGAGCAACGAGAUGCGGAAGUGGGUGGUCGACAUGCUGCAUUUCGUAGCUCUGCGCAUCGGCACGAGACAGGCGGUUGUGCUAGCCGACAGCGUAAACGAGAUGCUGAAGUCGAACUCGAUGCCGUCGAAGUUUGCGGAAUUCAGUGCCGGCACUGCACUCGCGACGUGA